GACCAAGGCCAGAGGCGGGACCAGCCGCCGCCGUCUCCGUCUCGGGUCCCGGCCCCCGCAGCGCCCGGCAGCCGUCGCUGAAGGAACGGAAACCGCCAGCAGCGCCCGCUCGGAGCCGCGCCGGCCGACAGCGCGCCUCCGCCCGCCCCGGCCCCGCCCGAGCGCCCCGCGGGUCCCCGGCUCGAACCCCUCGGCCGAUCGCGCCCACCUGAGCCCGUGAGCCGGCGCCAUGGCGGAGCAGGAGAGCCUGGAGUUCGGCAAGGCGGACUUCGUGCUGAUGGACACCGUCUCCAUGCCCGAGUUCAUGGCCAACCUGAGGCUCAGGUUCGAGAAAGGGCGCAUCUACACCUUCAUCGGAGAAGUCGUGGUCUCAGUGAACCCCUACAAGUCGCUCAACAUCUACGGGCGGGACACCAUCGAGCAGUACAAGGGCCGUGAGCUGUAUGAGCGGCCGCCUCACCUCUUUGCCAUCGCCGAUGCUGCGUACAAGGCGAUGAAGAGGCGGUCGAAAGAUACCUGCAUUGUGAUAUCAGGGGAGAGUGGAGCUGGCAAGACGGAAGCCAGCAAAUACAUCAUGCAGUACAUUGCGGCCAUCACCAACCCCAGCCAGAGGGCAGAGGUGGAAAGAGUGAAGAAUAUGUUGCUCAAGUCCAAUUGUGUAUUGGAAGCUUUUGGAAAUGCCAAAACCAAUCGUAAUGACAACUCAAGCAGAUUUGGAAAAUACAUGGAUAUCAACUUUGAUUUCAAGGGAGAUCCUAUUGGUGGACACAUCAAUAACUACUUACUGGAGAAGUCCCGAGUGAUUGUACAACAGCCAGGAGAAAGAAGCUUUCAUUCUUUCUAUCAGCUACUGCAAGGAGGUUCCGAGCAGAUACUGCGCUCUCUGCAUCUCCAGAAAUCCCUUUCAUCCUACAACUACAUCCACGUAGGAGCCCAGCUAAAGUCUUCCAUCAAUGACGCUGCCGAGUUCAAAGUCGUGGCCGAUGCCAUGAAAGUGAUUGGCUUCCAGGCCGAGGAGGUUCAGACGGUGUAUAGAAUUCUGGCUGCUAUCCUUCACCUGGGAAAUUUAAAAUUCGUGGUAGAUGGAGACACGACUCUGAUCGAGAACGGCCAGGUUGUGUCGAUCAUAGCAGAGCUGCUGUCCACCAAGACCGACGCGGUGGAGAAGGCCCUCCUCUACCGCACGGUGGCCACAGGCCGCGACAUCAUCGACAAGCAGCACACGGAGCAGGAGGCCAGCUACGGCAGAGACGCGUUCGCCAAGGCAAUAUACGAGCGCCUGUUCUGUUGGAUUGUUACUCGCAUCAACGAUAUUAUCGAGGUCAAGAACUACGACACCACAAUCCACGGGAAAAACACGGUUAUCGGUGUCCUGGACAUCUAUGGCUUCGAAAUCUUUGACAACAACAGCUUUGAGCAGUUCUGCAUCAAUUACUGCAACGAGAAGCUGCAGCAGCUCUUCAUCCAGCUGGUGCUGAAGCAGGAGCAGGAGGAGUACCAGCGGGAAGGGAUCCCUUGGAAGCAUAUCGACUACUUCAACAACCAGAUCAUCGUGGACCUGGUGGAGCAGCAGCACAAGGGGGUCAUUGCGAUCCUGGACGACGCCUGCGUGAAUGUCGGCAGAGUCACGGACCAGAUAUUCCUGGAAGCGCUCAACAGUAAAUUGGCCAAGCACGGGCAUUUUUCUAGCCGAAAGCUCUGUGCCUCGGACAAAAUUCUGGAGUUUGAUCGAGAUUUUCGAAUUCGACAUUAUGCCGGUGAUGUUGUCUAUUCUGUCAUUGGUUUUAUUGACAAAAAUAAAGAUACUUUGUUUCAAGAUUUCAAGCGCCUCAUGUACAACAGUUCAAAUCCGGUACUGAAGAACAUGUGGCCGGAAGGCAAACUGAGCAUAACAGAGGUGACCAAGCGCCCACUGACUGCUGCCACCUUGUUCAAGAACUCCAUGAUUGCACUGGUUGACAACCUUGCGUCAAAGGAACCUUACUACGUGCGCUGCAUCAAACCCAAUGACAAGAAGUCCCCGCAGCUGUUUGAUGAGGAGCGCUGCCGGCACCAGGUGGAGUACCUCGGGCUCUUGGAGAACGUCCGCGUGCGCCGCGCGGGCUUCGCCUUCCGCCAGAAUUACGAGAAGUUCCUGCACAGGUAUAAGAUGAUCUCUGAGUUCACCUGGCCUAACCAUGACCUUCCGUCAGACAAGGAGGCCGCCAAGAAGCUCGUUGAGCGGUGUGGUUUUCAGGAUGACGUGGCUUAUGGGAAGACCAAGCUGUUCAUCCGCACGCCCCGCACACUGUUCACCCUGGAGGAGCUCCGCGCCCAGAUGCUCGUGCGCAUCGUCCUCUUCCUGCAGAAGGUGUGGCGGGGCACCCUGGCCCGCAUGCGGUACAGGAGGACCAAGGCAGCUCUGACGAUACUCAGGUACUACCGGCGCUACAAAGUCAAGUCCUAUAUCCACGAGGUGGCCAGCCGUUUCCACGGUGUCCGGACGAUGAGAGACUAUGGGAAGCACGUGAAGUGGCCCACCCCUCCCAAAGUGCUUCGCCGGUUCGAGGAGUACCUACAGGCGAUUUUCAACAGGUGGAGAGCAUCCCUGAUUAUCAAGAGCCUACCCACUUCAGAUCUGCCACAGGUCCGGGCCAAGGUUGCAGCCAUGGAGAUGCUGAAGGGCCACAGAGCUGACCUUGGCCUCCAGAGGGCCUGGGAGGGCAACUAUCUGGCUUCCAAGCCAGAUACACCUCAGACAUCAGGCACAUUUGUCCCUGUUGCUAAUGAGCUGAAGCGGAAGGACAAAUACAUGAACGUGCUCUUCUCCUGUCAUGUCCGUAAGGUGAAUCGAUUUAGUAAGGUGGAAGACCGAGCAAUUUUUGUCACUGACCGUCACUUGUAUAAAAUGGACCCCACUAAACAGUACAAGGUGAUGAAGACGAUCCCGCUGUACAAUUUGACUGGUCUGAGUGUCUCCAAUGGAAAGGACCAACUUGUCGUGUUCCACACAAAAGACAACAAGGACCUCAUUGUGUGCCUCUUCAGCAAGCAGCCCACCCACGAGAGUCGGAUUGGAGAACUUGUUGGAGUCUUGGUGAAUCAUUUCAAGAGCGAGAAGCGCCACCUGCAAGUGAACGUCACCAACCCGGUGCAGUGCAGCCUGCACGGGAAGAAGUGCACGGUGUCCGUGGAGACGCGGCUCAACCAGCCUGAGCCCGACUUCACCAAGAACCGCUCGGGCUUCAUCCUCAGCGUGCCCGGCAACUGACCGCUCCAGCCAGCCGAGGCCCAGCCCGAGAGCCAGAGGCGUGAGGCACGGGGCCUGGGGCGCGGUGGCCAGAACACACAGCCCCCCAGGAGCAGUGGGCCUCGCUCAGCAGCCUGGGUUCCAGUCUAAUUGCUACCUCCCCGCUAAUGCCUGCUAGGAAUCAGCUCGCAAGGGUCCGCGCCUGAGGGAGGGGCUCCCCUCUGCCUGCAGGACUUCCUCCCAGCUUUCUUCCUUCCGUCUCCGUCUUCCCGUAUCAGCUUUGUAUGGCGCCCACUCAGUCAACCAAAGACCCUGGUGCCCGCCCCAGACCACACCUCCCACACGGCCAGGUCACACCAGCGCACAUGACCCAGUGACCAGCUGCUGACUCCUGCAACCGGAUGGAGUUGGGCAGCCCAGGACGCAGUCACUCUCACUGGGAGCCCCUCCUGCCACCACUCCCCUCCCAAGGUGAUCACCAGGACCCGGCUCAGGGAGGCUGUGCUCAGAGCUCCUGGGCAGAUGUUCCCGCCCCACGCCAGCAGCCAGCCAAAGCCUCCAGGUGAGCAGGUCCACCCGCAGAGCCCGCAGCUGGCAGAGCAGCCACGCCCCUCCGGAGCCUAUCCUGGGAUGGUCCCUUGCUGCCAGGGCCCCUCUCGGGGGAGAACACCACGAGCGUGCGCCAAGAGCCGUCUUCCCAGCCAGCAGUCGGAGCCCCUCUGGUCAGCCGUCCUCUCUGCUGUAACCACACCUGUGUCUGGAAGCCUGGGAGCCAAGCGGAGUCGCUGGGGCCGGAGCCAGGCCAGGCAGGGGCAUGGCAUUUCCUGCACCUCUAAUUGUGCUCCCUGCUCACCAGGAGAGCCAGGACCAGGGCAGGGGCCGCAGCACAAGGGACUCACGGCAAGUGGAGCAACAGAAAACAGCACAGGGUCCUGGCACUGCAGGCCAGGCCAGGAUGCCCACGCCCCAGGCCCUGCACUUACCCCGCCUGCACCCUUACCCCAGGAGAGUGCCACCAUCUUGCCAGUUUCUGCCCAGCAAAACACCUGUGCCCAUCAGAGGUGCUCAGAGGCCCCUCGUCCCCUACCCCCGCUGCUGAAGGGCCACCUGCCAGGGACCCUGCAGGGAGAAACAGAACGCUUGCCUUUGCUGGAGGGGACAGAGCAGUGCGGCUGGCACUGUGGCGCAGCAGGUCAGGCUGCUGUGAGCAAAGGCUGCAGUCCCGGCUGCUCCACUUCCGACCCAGCUAAUGCUCCUGGGAAAGGCAGCAGCAGACAGCCCAUGUGCUUGGGCCCCGGCCACCCAUGUGGGAGACACAGAUGGAGUUCAGGCUCCUGGCUCCCACCUGGUCCAGCCCCAGCUGUUGUAGCCAUCUGCGAGGUGAACCAGUAGAUGGAAGAUAUUCUAUCUCAAAUAACUUUUAAAAAUAACCCUGGGCGGGGGGGCACGUGCAGAGCACGCUUCCCCACGUUUCAUGGAGGGACCGGCAGGGGCAUAAGAGAGGAACUCACUCAAAUUCCUUUCACCAUCUGCGAUAGACACUGCCCCCUCCCGGUGCCCCGCCCCCGCCGCCCUGCCCCAGCAGAAGCCACCAGUGCCUGCCUGCAGCCCCCCGCGCCUCGCCCCGGGCCUGCCCCACCCCUGCUUCCCACAGCCAGCCCAUUUUGCACUAUGUGCAACCCGCAGCACAGCCUGCUCCGCCGCUGCCCGCACAGCGCCUCGGGCCCAGAGCAGCAGCGCUUACGGCUGUGCCGGGCUCCACUGGACACCAGCCGAACCCCUAACUGGAGCUUCUCCUCCCCUCCUCUCCUCUCCCGCCACGUGCAGGCCUGUGCUCUCAGCACCCCGAAGCAGAGCAUGCCAAAUGAGUUGCCUGUCAGAGGCAGGAGAGGACGGCGUGGGCUUGGACCCCCUCCCUGCCUCCUGAUGCUGCCUCAGGCCCCUCAACCCAGCGCCAGGGCCUUCUGCCGGGGCCGCAGGACGCCGCUGUCCACAAGCACUUUCUUUUUUUUUUCUUUUUGAUGUACCAAAAGAAGGGUUGGGAAUUGGAGAUGCGAUCAUGGUUACGCAGCCAGGGCGCCGAAGGGAAAGGAGACCCAGUGAUUGUAUGCAAUGAGUGUUUCUCGUGAUCAGAUGCAGUUUUAUGGUUUGGUGCGUAUUUUCCUAUUUUCCAUUAAAUUAACUAUUUCUAAAGCAUAUUUUGAUUUACCACCCAGAGCAAUAAAGCAUUAAAUCUUA